GCUCGCGUCUCCUCAUCCCCACGGCCACAGGACCCCCACUGGGACCGCCGCUGUCCCCAGACGCCACCACCCCGUCCCCGUGCCAGGCCCCAGGCGCCGAGCGGCCGCGGCGCCCGUGUCCUCCCCUGCCCCGGCACCGCCGGGGCCCCACGGCUGGCAGCGACCUCUGUCCCCGAGCAGGGCUGGCCGCGGAUGCCCACGGCGUCACGUGGAACCGCACCAGCCAGAGGCCGCCGGGAGCCGAGCCGGGAGCAGCCGCGGCGGCGGAGUGCCACCAUGUGGCUGGGCGCCCGGCUGGACGCGCUGCCCACCCCGGCGCUGGCCGUCGACCGUGCCACGGCGCGCCGCAACGCCGAGCACAUGCAGGAGCGCUGCCGGGCCCUCGGCCUCCGCCUGCGUCCCCACGUCAAGACCCACAAGACGCUGGAGGGCGGCGCGCUGGCCACGGGCGGCACGCGGCGCGGCAUCGCCGUCUCCACGCUGGCCGAGGCGCGCUUCUUCGCCGACGGCGGCUUCGACGACAUCCUGCUGGCGUACCCGCUGCCGGCCGGGCGCCUGGAGGAGUGCGCCGAGCUGGCCCAGCGCCUCGACGCCUUCCAGGUGCUGCUGGACAGCCCCGGCGCGCUGCAGCGCCUGCGGCGGCGCCCGCUCGCCGGCGGCAAGCGCUGGCUCGUCUGGCUCAAGCUCGACUGCGGCAACGGCAGAGCCGGCGUGCGCCCCACGGACCCCGGCGCCCUGCCGCUGGCCCGGGCCAUCGCGGAGGAGGCUCCGGAGGAGGUGACGCUGGUCGGGGUCUACGCGCACUGCGGGAACACCUACGGCUGCAGCGGCGUGCCCGCCAUCCAGGCCAUCGCCAGGGCCACCACCGCCGCCGUCCUCGACUUUGUGGCCGCGCUGCGCCAGGCCGGCGUGCCGUGUCCCCAGGCCAGCAUCGGCUCCACGCCGUCCUGCAGCCACCCGGUCCCCGAGAUGGCCGAGCUCACCGAGGUCCACCCGGGCAACUACAUCUUCUACGACCUCCAGCAGACGCUGCUGGGCUCCUGCCGGCCCCAGGACGUGGCCAUCCGCGUCCUCACCAGGGUGGUCGGCCACUACCCGCACCGCAACCAGCUGCUGGUGGACUGCGGCUGGACGGCGCUCAGCCUGCACGGCUGGGCGCAGUCACCCGCCGGCUGCGCCACCGUCGAGGGACAUCCCCAGCUCCGGCUGGUGGGGCUGACGCAGGAGCACGGGCUCCUGGAGCCCGCCGGCGGGCAGCUGGAUUUCGGGAGGUUCCCGGUGGGCACCGUGCUGGCCCUCGUCCCCUUCCACGCCUGCGCCACGGCUGCCAUGCACCCGGUCUACUACGUGCACGAGGAGGGCGAGGUGGUGGCCCUCUGGCACCCCGUCCGCGGCUGGUAGAGAUCGUCCUGCUGCCGAGGUCCUGCGCCGUGCGGGGCUCCUGCGCCCACCCCGAGGUCCUGCGCCCACCCCGAGGUCCUGCGCCCACCCUGAAGUCCUGCGCCCAUGCUGCACUGAGGUCCUGCACCCACGCUGAGGUCCUGCACCCACACUAAGACCCCACACCCCCACCAAGACCCCAUACCCCCACCAAGACCCCAUACCCCCACCAAGACCCCGUACCCACACCAAGACCCAGCACCCACACCAAGACCCCGUACCCACACCAAGACCCAGCACCCACACCACCCAGGAGGGGUCAAUAAAGCUCCUCUCCCCCCUCUGCAGGCACUUUGGGCUCUUUGGGACA